AUGCGCCGCCGCGCCGCCCCCCGCGCCCCCGGCCUCGUGCGCCGCUGUCAGCCACCGCCAGCCCCUCCCCGCGCGCCGCCGCCGCCACCUGCGCCGCUAGCCCCCUCCCCGCGCGCCGCCGCCAGCCUCCUCCGCGGUGCCCCCUCCGCGGCGCCCCCCACCUCGCGCCACCCUCCCGCGGCGCCCCCACCUCGCGCCUCCACUCGCGCCGCCCCCGCCCCCGGAGCCCCCUGCCUCCUCAAGGUGAUUGAUCAAUAUGAGCGGAAGCAAGCAAUCCAUGAACUCCAUUCUGAAGAGCAUGAGCCAACAGAAGUUCACCGGGACCACUAG